UGCUCUAGCAGUGCAAUUACGAACGAUAACAACGAAUAAGAUUUGUGAAAUUUAAACAUAAGCUUUUUUCGUUAAUUUAGCAGUAAAAUGUUAAUUUUAUUGCGCAACAAUGCUGGCAGUGCGGCAAUCAGCCAGGCACGUAACAUUGCCAAACGAUUGUUGAGCACAACAACAGCAAACCGAAACCCAGAGACAACACCGGCAACGGAGCACUAUGAUAUCAUUAUUGGCGGAGGUGGCUUAGUUGGUACAACACUUGCUGCUGCGCUAGUCAACAAUGUGACUCUGGCCGAUAAGAAGGUAUUGCUGCUGGAGGGUGCACCGCCAUUCAAGGGCUUUGACCCCUCAGGUCCCUAUCAAAAUCGCGUUUCGGCUAUCAAUAGAAACUCUGUGGAGCUCUUUAAAUCUAUCAAUGCCUGGACACACAUUGAGCAGGCGCGAUACAAGCCCGUAAAACAGAUGCAAGUGUGGGAAUCAAACAGCGACGCACUCAUUCAAUUCCAGCAUGAUAAUUUUGCCAGCGAUGUCGCUUGCAUCAUUGAGAAUGAUUUGAUACUCGAUGCGGUCUAUGCACGUGUCAAGGAAUUGGACAAUGUGAAGGUGUUGAAUAAGGCGCGCAUUGAGUGUGUGGGUUUGCCUGGUAAGACGGGCGCACCCCACUCUCAAGUUAAGCUCCAGGAUGGACGCAGCUUCACAUGCGAACUGCUUAUUGGAGCCGAUGGUGCUAACUCUGUGGUGCGCAAGGAAAUGGGCGUUGAUGUUCUAUCAUUCAACUAUGACCGAAUGGGAUUGGUGGCCACGCUGGACCUUAACAUGGACGAUGAUUGUGAUAAUUCUGUUGCCUGGCAACGUUUUUUGCCCACCGGUCCGGUUGCCCUGUUGCCACUGAGUGCCAAGCACAGUUCCCUAGUCUGGAGCACAACUGUGCCGCAUGCUAAGGAAUUGCUGGCCAUGGACGCAAAUGCCUUUACGGAUGCCCUCAAUGAGGCCUUCUGUAGACAAUAUCCACGCGUAGAUCUGGCGGACAAGGCGUUGCAAGGACUCAAUGCUCUCUUUGGAAACAGCAGCGCCCAGCAUCAGCGCCAAUAUCCGCCUAGAGUGUGUGGCGUUCAAGAUGGCUCCCGGGCCACGUUUCCACUGGGCUUCUUGCACGCAUCUUCGUAUGUGUGCAAUGGCGCUGCUCUCGUUGGAGAUGCUGCUCAUCGCAUUCAUCCACUGGCUGGUCAAGGCGUUAACUUGGGCUUUGGUGAUGUGCGCCGUCUGGUGGAAACUCUUGCCGCCGGAGCCUAUGCCGGAUUCAAGCUGGGCGACACACAACAUCUGGUUAAAUACGAACGCAAAUGUUUGGCCAAAAAUGUGCCCAUCAUGGUGGGUGUGCAUGGUCUUCACACGCUCUACUCCACUGACUUCAGUCCUGUGGUGCUAAUGCGCAGUCUUGGCCUGCAGCUGACUCAGAAUUUACCGCCCAUCAAGAACUUGUUCAUGAAGACCGCCAUGGGCUAAGCAGGACAGCAAAGGGAUUUCUUAUCUUUAAGUGUUUACAGUUUUAUAGUCGCUAACAAAGCAAAUAAAGGAUGUUUAUCUAUGCAA